CUCCCCAGAUCCCGUGGCUCCAAAGAAGGCCGCUCCGCCCGGCCGCAGAGGACAAGACCCCGGUCUCUUACAACCCCCCGAGUCCUCCUCGACCCCAUCAGUCUCCCGAAGACAGAACGGUGGACUCCCCAGAUCUCAAAAGGCAGAUUCUAUCCCGUUUCCCUAGACCUCGAAGCCAGGUGGGGCGCCCCCACCUCCGUACAUCUGGGGCUCCAGAUCGUCGGGCAGGGCGGCACUUCUCGGAAAGCGAAACCCAGCGGUUCGGGGCGGGGCGGGGAGGAGAGUGUGGGACGCUUAGGGGCAAGGAGGAAGCGCGCGCCGGCGAAGCGCCUCCGAAGGCCGGAGUCUCCAGACGGCUGACCAUGGCUGCCGAGGUUCCGGCAGCGAGGUCCGAGCCCCUCUCCCCCUCCACGUCCUCCUUGCCCCUGGCAGCGCUCAACAUGAGAGUGCGGCGCCGCCUAUCGCUGUUCCUGAAUGCUCGGACGCAGGUGGCUGCCGACUGGACAGCUCUGGCCGAGGAGGUGGGCUUUGAGUACUUGGAGAUCCGGCAUCUGGAGUCGACCCCUGACCCCACAGGCCGCUUGCUGGACGCCUGGCAGGGACGCCCCGGUGCCUCGGUGGGUCGCCUGCUGGAACUGCUCUCCAAGAUGGGCCGCGAGGACGUGUUGGUCGAACUGGGGCCCAGCAUAGAGGAGGACUGCCAAAAGUAUAUUCUGAAGCAGCAGCAGGAGGAGUCUGAGAAACCCUUACAGGUGGCCGCAGUGGACAGCAGUAUCCCACAGACCCCUGAGCUGUUGGGCAUCACAACCCUAGAUGAUCCCCAGGGGCAAAUGCCCGAGCGCUUUGAUGCCUUCAUCUGCUACUGCCCCAAUGAUAUCCAGUUUGUGCACGAGAUGAUCCGGCAGCUGGAACAGACAGACUACCGGCUGAAGUUGUGUGUGUCCGACCGUGAUGUCCUGCCUGGCACCUGUGUCUGGUCCAUUGCCAGUGAGCUCAUUGAGAAAAGGUGCCGCCGCAUGGUGGUGGUUGUCUCUGAUGAUUACCUGCAAAGCAAGGAAUGUGACUUCCAGACCAAGUUUGCACUCAGCCUUUCGCCAGGUGCCCAUCAGAAGCGAUUGAUCCCUAUCAAGUACAAGCCAAUGAAGAAAGACUUCCCUAGCAUCCUGCGGUUCAUUACUGUCUGUGACUACACCAACCCUUGCACCAAGUCCUGGUUCUGGACUCGCCUGGCCAAGGCCCUGUCCCUGCCCUGAAGAUUGCCUUAGGGCCUGGAGUGUGCAUCUGUCUGACAGCACAUGCCUCCUCCUGCAGUUGUAAGGGGUCCUGCUUGUUUCUCAAUUCCUGGAAAUGCCAGCUGCACAGACAUCUGUAGUCACUGAACAUACCUAGGCACCACAUCUCAUGUGGCUGCAAAUGGCAUGUUCCCUUGCUGAACUAUCAGCCAGACAGCAAAAACCAGGGCUGACUGGCACUAACAGGCGGACAUCUUAGGAUGCAGUUUCGCUAGCUGAGAACCAGGUAGGAUGAGAACAGGCAGUGUCCGUGUUCGCAUCACUGUAGGAGAAGGUGAAGCAGCAUUGCUCUGGGUCUCCAUUGUUCAUGGUGACAGAACUGACUGCCAGGGCCGCAUGCUGGCCAUUGCUGGGUCCCUGGCACUGCCAGGCAGCUACUUCAACAAUGAUGCCUAAACAUGCUUUAGGGACUUGCUGCCCAGGUCACAGCCCUCUUCCUAUGAUGGGCUUGCCCAGCACAAGGAGAUCCCACCUUGGGCCUCCAGCUUUCAUCUGCCUCUUUGCCUCUGCCCACCCUUACUGUGACAAGGCCCGAAUGUGGACCCGAAUGGCUAGGGUGCUUUUCAGUUUCACCUAUUGAGAGGCCUGUAGUCAUGCGCUCAGUUCUGCCUAGUACAAGAUGGGAUCCCACCCUCUGGCAUCUCCAUCAGGUUUGGGUUCCAGGGCAGUGUAAGCAGGAAGCCUUUCUCCCCUGGCCACCUGCAGAGAGCUCUCCCACAAGUCUUCUGUGCCUUAACUGCCUUUAUGAAGUUGUUUGCUGGGACCAGUUUACAAACAGUGAGUACCCAAGAGCCUCCCACCCCAGAGCUUGUGGGCACACAGGCACAUACAAACCUACAGAGACCUGUCCAUCCCUGCGUGUGCACAUUCACACACAGAGCACUUUCACACACGUUCCCCGGUACAGUUCUCAGGGACAGAAUGUCCCACCAUUUGGGCAGGGGGCGGGGGGGGGGGUAACCCUGGGCAAAAAUGAGCACUCUUGUAUUCCUGUUCUCUUUUUAACAUGCCAGCAUUUAUACCUUCAAUGGCAUUUACACUUCCCUUUUGCCUUGGGAAAGAAAUACUCAGAACUCACAGCAAGUAAACUGCAGACACAGCUGUUUUUGCCUCCAGGGGGUUUAUGCAUUACUCUCAUACUCUCCCUCUGAGAAAGAAUGUCACAGUCUCAGGUGUCUGUGUCCCAGGGCAGACCCCAGGACCCUAAAUCUAACAGAAAAUGUUUUCUCUGCUCUACAUCCAGCUUGUCCUCAGGCAACUUCCCUCAGGGUCCCAGAGGCACUGGAGGCCCCCUCAGCAUGAUUAGCUACCAUGCACCCACCCUGACACUGGAGAGUACUUUAUAAAAUAAUUUCAAGAAAGUAUCUCUCACAUCUGUUCUGUAUGAGUUAUGAAAAUUUCAAAGAGAGCGGGGAAAUGCCUGUCAUUUAUCCUUCUGGAUCCUGGUUUAUAAUAAAGAGUUCUCUACUUUGGAGCAGCAGCUUUCUUUUGUGUCUGGAAGGAAAUGAAGCAGAAGAGAGGAAAGGAAGGGGAGGAGGGAGGAAGGAAAGAAAGAAAUCCUGUUCUUUCUAGCCAAAGGACCAGUAAAG